AUGGCCAAACGUCCACGUGAUGCUGAUUCUCAUCAAUUUUAUUCAUCCAGUGGCAAUCACUAUAACUCGAAUUCGCCUGCUCAACCGCCCGAGCCUUCCAACGACAUCUAUCAAUCAGUCGCGUCACUCAGUGAUCGUCUUUCUUCCAUUGAAGCUCUUCUUGCUCAAUUACUUGGCUCUCCGAACUCAUCCUCGAUGGCCCAUCCUCACGCAAAUCGUCAGUACAACCGUUCCGGCGCCUCAUCUCGAUUUGACGACUCGGUUCGAAACAUCCUCGAUACUGUCCCUGGGUAUCACGAAGCCUCUCGCGACAUCCUCAUCGCCAGAACUGCUUCUCAGAUGGCUGCAAAAAGCUGCUACUCUGUCAUCGAGCGCGUGCCGGAUUCUCACAAUCAUAACCAGGACGAUUUCGACAGGCAGUUCGUAAACGAUAUAACUCGAACACUCAACCUACCCGACGCGAUCUCGGUCUUCCGUCACGACUGUCAAAAAUCACUGCCGUCCCUUGAAAGUCUCCUUUCCUACCUCCAAAGACAGAGAUCGUUUCAUUGA